CACUCUUCACUCAAACCAAAAGAAGAAUCCAUACACAAAUAGCAAAUGGCAAGCAAGCUCUUCCUCGUUUCUGCAACCCUCGCCCUUUGCUUCCUCCUCACCAACGCUUCCAUCUACCGCACCGUCGUCGAGUUCGACGAAGAUGACGCUACCAACCCCAUGGGCCCAUACCGCUCGCAGCAGAAAUGCCAAAGGGAGUUUCAGCAGGCAAAACACCUAAGAUCUUGCCAGCAGUGGAUGCGCCAGCAAACAAGGCAAGGUCGUGGUGGCAGUCCCGCCCUCGUCGAUGAGUUUGAUUUUGAAGACGACAUCGAGAACCCACAGCAGAGACAGCCAAUCCUCCAACAGUGCUGCAACGAGCUCCAGCAGGAAGACCCAGUUUGCGUUUGCCCCACCUUGAAACAGGCAGCUAGAUCUGUUAGACUCCAGGGACAGCACGGACCUUACCAAGCUAGCAAAAUCCUCCAGACCGCUAAGCGCCUUCCUAACAUUUGCAACAUCCCACAAGUUGGUGUUUGCCCCUUCAGGGCCUCCCCUUACUACCCUCCUUACUAAUAAAUUUUCAUCCCCUAGCACGAUGAUUAUGAGUAUCACUGUGACUAAUGUAUGUUACUAUACUAUAUACACAGUCAUCGUGUGUUUUUUUCGAAUAUGCAAAUAUGUAAGCUUAGGAUGUUUGCGGCUAAUAUAAUUAGCACUACACCGUAAUAAAGAGAGGUUUCUGUUUUUCA